UUCGGAGCAUGUUGGCGCAAAGUUGUUGCCUUCAACUUCUGAUCCUCCUCCUGCUAUUAAGGUUACCCCCCAGUGUCCAGCAAAAGUCCCGAAAAUAUUACUGGAAUCUGAAAAUGAGGGAGAGGAAGUUUAAAAUGUUUGGAACCAGAAAGACUCAGAUACAACCGCUGUUGAUCAGUACGUGGAACUAUACGGAUGCCAAUUUGCAGGCGUGGAGUGUUUUGCAGCAAGGAUCUCGAAGGACUCGUCAGGCGGUGAUCCAGGGAUGUUUGGCCUGUCAAAGCCAGCGAUGUGGCCGCCUUUUGGCCGGGGGAGCUUCUCCAGAUGCGAAUGGAACUUUGACCCUGGAAGCUGCCAUCAUGGAUGGCUCAACCUUGAGAUACGGUGCAGUUGCUGGAAUGGAAGGAGUUCGCAAUGCCAUCCUCGUAGCAGAUGCGGUUAUAAGGUACACAAAACACUCCCUUUUGGUGGGCAAGAGCGCUACGAAAUUUGCCAGAUCCAUGGGCUACAAGGAGGACUACCCUGAGAGUAAAGGCACCCAGAAGGUGUUGAAAAAAUGGAACUUAAACGCCUGUCAACCGAAUUUCUGGCGUGAUGUGAACCCUUCUCCCAUGGAAAACUGUGGUCCAUACACACCUUUACCCCAACACCUGAUGAAGCAACCAUUGCACCCGGAAUAUCCCAUCGUACUGGGUCAACAUGAUCAGCUGGCCAUUUUGGCCCUGGACGCCGAGGGUCAAUUCCAUGUGGCCAGCCAAUCGAGUGGCGCCCCCUUUCGGAUCCCCGGAAGGGUGGGGGAUUCGGCGGUGCCAGGUGCCGGGAUUUAUGCGGAUAAUGAGGUGGGUGCCGCGGUGGCCAGUGGCGAUGGAGAUGUCCUCAUGCGCCACCUGCCCGCCUUCCUGGCCGUCGAGGCGAUGAGAGGGGGUCAAAGGCCGGACAAGGCCGCCGAGGGGGUGGUGCAACGCCUGCUGAGACAUAAUACCGAGUUCAAUGGGGCCGUGGUGGUGGUCAAUCGAAGGGGCAUCUAUGCCGCCGCCUGCGCAGGAAUCGACGAGUUCCAUUUCGUGGUCAGUGGGGGCAAGGAGUAUCUCAGCAUGGCCCGGGUGGAGCGGAUCAAGUGUCUGGAGAGGGAAACUGAGAUCGUUGAUGGCGGGCCCAAGGGACUGUUUCGUAGGAACCCCGAAAAGCAGGUGGUGCACAGGGCAGGGAAUAAGUUUAGUUAGAUAAGAGGGUUAUAGGGUCUUUGGGGUCUUAGGUGUCCCAGAAACUGGUUUUAAUUGUCUUUACAUUAAAAAAUUACAUUAGUAAGACGUUCUUAACUUUUUCUCAAGGGGAUUAUGUAAGCUUGAAUAUUAUUAGAAAUAUCCUUGCUUUACAUGUGUUCUGUCAUUAUGUGCAUUAUCAAACAAAAACGUACAAAUCAAAUUAUAAACACAUAGAUCUAUAGAAAUUACUUAUCAAAUUAACCUUAAAUUUCUAAAGCUAUUAUUUGUAUUGUCCUUUAAAAUAUUUUUAUAUGUAAGUUGAUCUAUACCUGUUGUACCUAAACUUUAUCUUCAGUUUGUCUUGCUUUCCAUUUUUAUUUACAUUCCAGUGGAUUUUCCUACAUCUGCAAAAAUAUUGACCCACUCUGGUUUUCCUUUGUGUCAUUUGCCUUUCCCUAUUACCAAUGCUAAAAACUUUUCCUUGCCCACAAAGUAAGCUCCCAAUUUUGGUGUAACGAUUUCAGUUUUCCCGCUUUCCUACACUUUUAUUUUCCCUCACGCAUUUUUAUCCCCAAUUCAUCUGCUUUGCAUAUUUCUUUGUUAUGUUUGUAUUAUUUUCCCUUCCUUUUCCAUUUCGGGGCUUUUCCGCCCUUACAUUCUUUGGAUUGUGUAACGUAAUCCCCUCGUGUCGGUUGUAAGGGAAAAUCUGCUGUAAAUGUAAGCAAAUAAGUACAGCUGUGCUUUAAUUUGCCUGGCCAACAAAGUUUGACCUCAGCAUUAAAGUCCUCUUAAUAAUUUUUCGCCUUUACUUUGUAAACAGUAUUAUUAUACUUAACUGAUAGAUUUAAUUAGAGAAUAACUGCUAGAAAUAUGAAACCAUAAAUAAAUGUUGGACUGAGGAAGUCAAAGUCAAAUUAAAAGCACAAAUGUCUUACUCGUUCGUAUCUUUUGCACACUUAGAUUAUAAUGCAGUGGGUCAUAAAAUUGAUUGCCAUAAGUCACACCGAUCCAAACUGAUAAGUUCCAAAUAACCAAAGGACAAAUAAAUUAUCAAGUGACCGACUAUGGGCAAUUUAAAAGCCUCCAACAUUUAAGACAAGAAAACCACAGAAAAUAACAAUAAAUAAAAUCAAAACUUUUGCUAAUAAAUAAUUGGUAAUUAGAAAGUAUAAUGAGGAGCAUGAGUCACUGAAAAAAAAAUCCAAAAUCGUUAGUUUACAUUUUCAUCAGAUAAGAUUCUUCAAUGGCCAAGCAAACAAGUCGUAUAUUCCGUGAUAUAAGUCCGGUAAGAAUUACUAAUCUAUAGGGAAACAUCUUGAAAUUGCUUAGCACAACA